UGGAGAGGAAGAGGGGGAGAGGGUAGUGGUGGAUGGAGAGGAGGAGGAUGGAGGAGUAGACCAUGGAGAGGUGGUGCGCGGGGAGGAGGAUCAGGACACGAUACCUUAAGCAGCCAGAGAGUCCUCUGUCAGGCGACUCUGGACGUGCUGUGUCCGUACAAAGGCUGGACGCUCUACUUCAUAGAAGGCUUCAUAGAGAGCUCGCCUAUUGUGGAGAAGAUCAAAGUGUUUGAGAAAUAUUUCACCUCCAAGAUUCAACUGUAUGACAAGGAUGAGAUCGAGCGUCAGGGCAGCGUUCUGGUGGAUUACGCCGACUUGACUGGAAACGAAACCGUGCGUGGAGCUCUCCCUGAUCUGACCACGGAGCUGAAGGAACAGCCGGAGAUGAUGCUCAACUGUUUGGGAUUGGCCGUCCACCAGGUGUUGACACUAGAUUUGGAGAAACAGGCUGCUGAGCUGCAAGGGGAGGAGCUUCCCGUCGCUCCACCGAUCGUCAACAUCCCUCACAUCAGCGCGAGGCUCUACAACUACGAACCGCUGAGCGCGCUGCGGACGCUGCGCGCCAGCGUGUUCGGCCGCCUGGUGUGCGUGAGGGGGACGGUGGUCCGAGUGAGCAACAUCAGGCCUCUGUGCACCAGGAUGGCCUUCAGGUGUCUGGGCAGCUCGCACAUGCAGUCGCUGCCUCUGCAGCACGGGAAGUACGCCACGCCUACCAAGUGCAUCCAGCCCGAUUGCCGCAGUCGUUCCUUCGCCCCGAUCCGGAGCUCCCCUCUUACUCACACCGUGGACUUCCAGAUCAUCAAGGUGCAGGAGUUGAUCGGCGGAGAGCAGAGGGAGACUGGACGGAUCCCGCGCACCGUGGAGUGUCACCUGACCUCCGACCUCUGUGAUAGCUCCGUCCCCGGAGACACGGUCACCGUGACCGGCAUAGUUCGAGUCACCAGCGACGGUACUUCACGGGGGAACAAGGAUCAGUGCAUGUUCCUCCUCUACCUGGAAGCCACUUCAGUCAGCAAUACUAAAGGUCAAAGGUCCAAGUCGGGUCAGGGGUCAGGAGGGUCGCUUGAAGAUCGUUCUGGAGGGGAGGAGUUCAGCCUGAAGGAGCUGUACGCCGUCCAGGAGAUCCAGUCGCAGCCGGACCUGCUGAGACUUAUAGUACACUCUUUGUGUCCCGUCAUCUACGGCCAACUGCUGGUGAAGGCCGCGUUGUCCUUGGUGUUGUUCGGAGGCCGGCAGAAACACACGGACAAGAACAGCGUCCCGGUUCGAGGAGACCCCCACAUCCUGAUGGUGGGAGACCCCGGACUGGGGAAGAGUCAGAUGCUGCAGGCGGUGUGUAACUUGGCUCCCAGAGGGAUCUAUGUGUGCGGCAACAGCACAAGCACCGCAGGUCUAACCGUGAGUUUAUCCAGGGAUGCAGGAACUGGGGAUUUUGCUCUGGAGGCCGGAGCCUUGGUUCUGGCUGACCAAGGCCUGUGCUGCAUUGACGAGUUCGACAAGCUGGGCAGCCAACAGCAGGCUCUGCUGGAAGCCAUGGAGCAGCAGUCCGUGAGUCUGGCGAAGGCUGGAAUCGUGGCCUCUCUGCCCGCCCGGACGUCCGUCGUGGCUGCCGCGAACCCCGUCGGAGGACAUUACAACCGGAGCAAGACGGUUUCUGAGAAUCUCAAAAUGGGCUCGGCGAUUCUCUCUCGAUUCGACGUCGUCUUCCUCCUCCUGGACAUCCCAGACGAGUCGCACGAUCGCCACCUGUCGGAGUACAUCAUGGCGAACCGGGCCGGAAAAGGCCGAACCAGCGGCGCCGUGGUUACCAGGGCCGGCAACGACCUGGAGACCUCCAUCCUGCUGGAUCACUCGGACAUGCCGCUGUCUGAACGUUUGCAGGUACAAGCGGGGGAAACCGUAGACCCCAUCCCGGUGUGUUUGUUGAGGAAGUACAUCAGCUACGCCCGUCAGUAUGUGCACCCCAGGCUCUCUCCCGAGGCGGCACAAACGCUGAAGACCUUCUACCUGUCGCUGCGAGCUCAGGGCCACUCCGCUGAUUCCACGCCCAUCACCACGCGGCAACUAGAGUCUUUAAUCCGGCUGACUGAGGCGAGAGCCAGACUGGAGCUCAGGGAGACGGCCACCAACAGCGAUGCUGAAGAUGUGGUGGAGAUCAUGAAACACAGUCUGGCGGAUACAUAUUCAGACGGUCUGGGCAAUCUGGACUUUGAGCGCUCUCAGCUGGGAUCGGGCAUGAGUCAGCGGAGCGCUGCGAAGCGACUGGUCAACGCGCUGCACGCGCACGCCCAGAGGACCAAUCAGACGCAGUUUGACCUUCAGACGCUUCGAUCUGUGGCCACCCAGACGAACAUCAAGGUGAUGGACUUUGAAGGUCUCGUGAGUUCCCUGAACGAACAGGGUUUCCUGCUGAAGAAAGGAGCCAAGCUGUACCAGCUGCAGACCGUCUGACCGCCUUCCUGCAGACCUCAGGUCAG